AUGGCGUCCAAGUUCAAAGUUCUCGUGUUCGAUCUUGGGGGGGUCCUGCUUGAGUGGGACCGACACACUAUUACAGCUUUGUCUUCGACUCAGUUUCGAACCAUCAUGAAUUCCACAGCCUGGCACAACCUAGAUAGAGGCAUUCUCAGUAUUAGUGAAGCUUGCAAGGAGUUCGGCCACAUCCUAGGUGUAAAUCCAUCUGUCGUGGAGACCUCCCUGGAGCAGGCCCAGCUGUCUCUAGCUGUCAAUGUUCCAUUGGUUCGGACGAUUUAUGAACUGAAAGCCUCGAACCCUGAUCUCAAACUCCAUAUCAUGUCUAACAUCUCCCGGGAACAUUACAAGAUGGUGCAAAAUCUCGAUCUUCCUUGGGCCAUGUUCGAUUCAGCCUUCGCUUCUGGAAACGAGGGUAUGCGGAAGCCCGACCUCUGUUUCUUUCAACAUGUCAUCAAGCAGAUUGGAGUUGAUCCUAGUCAUAUGAUUAUGAUUGACGAUACGGUUGAGAAUAUCUGCGCAGCUCGAUCUCAGGGUAUGUACGGACUACUUGUAGACAAAAAUGUAGUCAAGGUCGGUGCAAUUCUGCGGAGUCUCAUCCAAGAUCCACUGUCGAGGGCGGAGGCUUAUCUGAAGGAUAAUGCGGGCAACCAUCAUUGUGUUGUCCACGGCCAUGAAGAUCUUGAGCUCAAAGACAAUUUCUCCCAACUGAUGAUCUGGGAGCUAACCGGAGAUGAAAGUCUUAUCUACCUCAGGUGGCCUUCCGGUCGCCGACUUGGAACACACAACGAGGACUCUGGCAACGGCAAAGAGAAUGGCGCUGAUAGGGUCGCCAUGAGCUCGGAUAUCAAGAAUGGUCUUUGGAAUUACUUCUACGAAGAGCCUGUUCUCACAUCUCGAGACUUCCCACCUGACGCAGACACGACAUCGACAGCUUACUUGUCUCUCCCUGACGAGUACCUCUCUACAGUGGCAGAGGUGGAGCUCGUCUUGGACGCCAUGGCGACAAACAUAGACUCGGACGGGAUAAUGCAAACGUACUUCACCAAGGAUCGCCCUCGCACGACCCCUGAAGUCUGCUACAACAUUCUUAGGGUCUUUUAUCGCUUUGGCCACGAUUCCGAUCCACGCAUCAAGAAGACCGAAGACUGGAUGGUCAGAUGUUUGGACAACAAUGCCUGUACCGACGGCAACCGCCAUUAUUCUACACUUGAGAGCUUCCUGUACUUCGUGGCCCGUUUAUCUGUCGAGUGCGGCCCUGGCCCCCUAGCGAAUCAAUUGAGCAGCGUCAAGGAGAAACUUGAAGAACGGAUCAAUGUGCAAACGAACCCACUGGCUCUCGCUCUGCGCAUAUUUGCCUGUCAAUUGGUUAGCGUUGACGCAAAGCUCUACAGAAAAGAUCUUGAAGUACUCAUGUCUUUACAGGAGGAUGAUGGGGGGUGGCCAGCCGGCCAUUUCUGUUGCAUAGGCAAGACCGGUGCUGUUAUUGGAAACCGUGGCUUGAUAACAGCUCUCGCGGCCAAGAUAAUCCGCAUUGAUAGGUCAAGCAUGUAG